GGAAACGGGCGUGGGUAGGCUGCGCCUGGCCUCGGGUGCCAGGUAUAGGGCUGCGGGGGAGCCGCAGCUCAGAGGGGGCUUGGCGGGACGCCGUUUUCGGGUGUGGACCCCGGGUCCCGGUGGCGUUCCGGAGAGCGGGCGGCCCCACCCGAGGGAGGCGCGCCGGGGAGCGCGGAGCCCGGCGGGGAGGGCGCCCGGUGGGGUCUCCGAGUGAAGAAAAGCCCGGGAGAGCGCCGCAGGUUCCGCUCGCUCGCUCGCUCGCUCGGAUGCCGGUGCUUUAGAGCGGGGCGCGGGCUCGGGGUGUGGAGAAUGACGCUGAGGAAGGCGAUUUCAGAGGAGCCUUCGCGCCGGGAGGAGUGGAGAUUGGAAGAGUCAUGUCAGAAGACACAGGAAACCAAUCACAGUUUCCCUUGAAGGUGGCAGCACUGCGAAUAUUUGAUCUUCCUCUGUCUUGGUACUAUUCCCUCUCCCAGAUCAAGUUUUCACCAAUAGUUAAGAAGUUGUUUGUGGUUACUGCUGUGAGUGCUAUAUCUGUAAUUUUUCUGGCUCAUCACUUUAAAAGAAAACGUGGAAAGAAGAAAGGAAAAAUAUUGCCAUGGGAACCAGAGCACCUAAUACUUGAAUAUACUAAAAGGGCAGCGUCAGACAAAGGGCUGGCCUUGGCCUGUGAUCCUUCUACCUACACCUUCUGCAUUCCUGGGCUAACAGGUUCAAGUUGUUCCAGUAGUAGACACAAUUUGACAUUAUCUUUAAGUUCCACCAAAGACAAAGGAUCUCAGUCUUGUAACUAUGCUAAUGGAGGACUUUUCAGUAAAUACUCAGGUUCAGCACAGAGUUUGGCCUCCGUCCAGAGUGUCAAUUCUUGUCCUGGCUGUGCUUGUGGCAAUUCUAAUUCAUGGGACAAAGCAGAUGAAGAUGAUAUUAAACUUGUCAAUAUUCCUGUGACCACUCCUGAGAACUUAUACUUAAUGGGUAUGGAGUUGUUUGAAGAGGCAUUGCGUCGAUGGGAACAAGCUCUAACCUUUCGCAAUAGGCAGGCUGAAGAUGAAGCCUGCAGUUCCGUUAAACUGGGUGCAGGAGAUGCCAUUGCUGAAGAAAGUGUAGAUGAUAUCAUUAGCACUGAAUUCAUCCAUAAACUUGAAGCUCUGCUGCAAAGAGCAUAUCGGCUCCAAGAGGAGUUUGAAGCUACCCUUGGAGGAUCUGAUCCUAGUUCUCUUGCUAAUGAUACUGAUAAAAAUACAGAUACCACAGUGAAGGGGACCAUGGAUGACUUUGGCCUGCGAGACACCUUGAGCACUGCCUCAACUGAUUCUUUUGCUUCAGCAGCAGAGCAUGCACCAGUGCCUGUAAUGCUGAGAACCACACCUACCACGAGAUCAUCUCUGGCUUCUCCCGCUUCCAUGUCAGGCAGAACCAAGAGCUGUGAAAUGAGGACUAAGAGUAACUGUGCUGAAGCUGAUGGUUGUGAUGUUGGGAUCUUGAGGGCUGAAGGUUCCAAAGAAAUGCUUGCAGACCACAGAGAAGUGCAGCAUACCUACAGCCUGGAAUCUUUUUGCCGCUGCCCUUUUUACGAAGAAGCCAUGCAUUUAGUUGAAGAAGGAAAAAUUUACUCCCGAGUACUGAGAACUGAAAUGUUGGAGUGCCUAGGAGACAGUGAUUUCCUUGCCAAGCUUCAUUGUGUUCGACAGGCUUUUCAGGUAAUUCUUUCAGAAACAGCCAACAGAAUAUUCCUUGCUGAAAGCGGAAGAAAAAUUUUAUCAGCUUUAAUUGUGAAAGCACGAAAGAAUCCAAAGAAGUUUGAAGACGUUUUUGAUGAAAUGAUAUAUUUUUUAGAGCAGACUGAUCAUUGGGAUAGUACUGAAAUGGAGCUUGCUGCUAGAGGGGUGAAAAAUCUAAAUUUUUAUGAUGUUGUUCUGGAUUUUAUAUUAAUGGAUUCCUUUGAAGAUUUAGAAAACCCACCCACAUCCAUACAGAAUGUAGUAAAUAAUCGCUGGCUAAAUUCUUCCUUCAAAGAAACAGCUGUGGCUUCAAGCUGUUGGUCAGUGCUGAAACAGAAAAGGCAGCAGAUGAAGAUCUCACAUGGAUUUUUUGCCCAUUUUUAUGCUAUUUGUGAGCACAUAAGCCCUGUCCUAGCCUGGGGCUUUUUGGGUCCUAGAAAUUCUCUCUAUGAUUUAUGCUGCUUCUUUAAGAAUCAAGUUAUUUUCUUUCUCAAAGACAUUUUUGACUUUGAGAAGGUGCGCUAUUCAAGUAUAGAGACUUUGGCUGAAGACCUCCUGCAGUUACUCAUUCGUCGCACUGAACUUUUAAUGGCAUAUCUUGGAGCAGAUGCCCUGAGGCACACAAGUAGUUGUACAAGUAGUCACGAUCAUGUUAUGUCCAGUGGGCUGUUGGAAGCCAAAGCACAAUAAAUACCAUAAGAACCCAUCCAGUUAGAGUAUAUAAAGUACUUUAAGAUGACUAUGAUUCUGGCAUGUGUAUUGCAAAAUCAGAAUUGAUGGGUGUGGACUCAGGGAGGGGAAAAAAACUCAAAAAGAAUGAGUGACUGUCUGCCUUUAAACAGAAAUUCUUCCAUUGAAUCCCUAUGUAAUGUAUCUAGAGCAACUACUUCAUUGUCCUUAGGUAAUAAUUUAAGUUGUGAAAUGUUGUGUAUUUUGUAGGAAUAUUGCUUGAAUUCAAGCCAGUAUUUGGGAGCUUAUUGUCUUCAAGCUGUCCAAAAUAUCCUGUUAUCAUUCUCAAAACCUCUGUUUUAUGCCUCGCAUCUUGAAAAUACACAUUUUAGCCAAACCUGUGUGGGCCACACACGCAAGAAUAUAUUUCUUCCAGUGCCAACAUUUAACUUUGCCUGAAAAUGUCUUUUUAACUGUAAAGUUACUCAUUUGUUUAAUCAAAUUUAGGCAAUAGUGGUAUUUAAUAUUUACUGCUUACAUUAUUGCUUAUGCAUCUGCUCACGCAUUUAAAUCGAUG